AUGCUGUCUUCCUCCUGUCUCCCGGCCGUGUGCAAGCCUGUGUGCCCCUUCUGCUGCUGUUCGGAGGUGGUGCGGGCUGCCCUCGAGCACAGCCCUGGCCAUGAGCCUGUGCUUCGGCACGGGGGACUCCGUGUCAUCACAGCCUGCAUCCCUCCCACGGCGGGUCUUAGUCACUUUUUCGAAGCUGAGACAGAAUACCCAAUACCUGCGAUGCAGCUGGCUCUAGGGCAGAAGCAGGAUGGCCUGGAGCGCUGUGUGGCUGCCCUGGCCCGGGUCGAGCGCACCGACUUCCUGUCACCCAUGUGCAUCGGCGAGGUGGCUCACGUCAGUGCAGAGAUCACUUACACCUCCAAACACUCUGUGGAAGUCCAGGUCAACGUGAUGUCCGAAAACAUCCUCACAGGUGCCAAAAAGCUGACUAACAAGGCCACCCUGUGGUACGUGCCCCUGUCACUGAAGAAUGUGGACAAAGUCCUCGAGGUGCCUCCUGUGGUGUAUUCCCGGCAGGAGCAGGAGGAGGAGGGCCGGAAGCGGUACGAAGCCCAGAAACUGGAGCGCAUGGGGACCAAGUGGAGGAACGGGGACGUCGUACAGCCUGUCCUGAACCCAGAGCCCAACACUGUGAGCUACAGCCAGUCGAGCCUGAUCCACCUGGUGGGGCCCUCGGACUGCACCCUGCAUGGCUUCGUGCAUGGAGGUGUCACCAUGAAGCUCAUGGACGAGGUGGCUGGGAUCGUGGCUGCACGCCACUGCAAGACCAACAUCGUCACGGCUUCUGUGGAUGCCAUAAAUUUUCACGAUAAGAUCCGAAAAGGCUGUGUCAUUACCAUCUCGGGCCGCAUGACCUUCACGAGCAACAAGUCCAUGGAGAUCGAGGUGCUGGUGGAUGCGGACCCAGUGGUGGGCAGCUCGCAGAAACGCUACCGGGCCGCCAGUGCCUUUUUCACCUAUGUGUCGCUGAGCCAGGAGGGCAGACCACUGCCCGUGCCACAGCUUGUGCCCGAGACGGAGGACGAGAAGAAGCGCUUCGAGGAAGGCAAGGGGCGAUACCUACAGAUGAAGGCAAAGCGGCAGGGCCAGGCAGAGCCUCAGCCCUAGAUGCCCCCCUGCACCAGUGGGGCCUGAGCAACUGCGGUGACAGCCCCACAUCCUGUCACUUAGUCACCCCCUGGCCAAAUCCCCACCGCACACUUUGAGCUGGUGUUGUGUGAAGUCCCCGUGUGACAGUGUUAGCCUGCACCCUGUCCUGAACACCUGUGCACCAAAGCUUUAUUUAUACCCUUCUAGUAUAAAUGCUACACAGUAUUGUCCCGGACGCCGGAGGUGCCCUGGGGACCCAUGUAAGGUGUGUCACAAAUCCAGCACUAAUAAAGCUGCUCUUCAGCUGGA